GCACGUGUACACGAAGAAAUGGACUCUAUAUUCUUGGACAGCGACAGGCAGUGUACUUUUGUGGACACUGUCAACAUGAAGUAUCUGGAGAGAGUUAUAUUAGAAACAUUGAGGCUUUUUCCCGCAAUACCAAUAUUUGGAAGGAAACUUAAUAAGGACGUAAGAAUAGUUACAGGCAAUUACGUUAUUCCAAAAGAUGCCACCAUUGUGAUAGUUCCAUUCCUGGUACAUCGUGCAGAAAAAUAUUACCCGAAUCCACUAGUUUUUAAUCCAGACAAUUUUCUACCGGAUAAAAUGCAGCAGAGAAAUCCUUACGCUUAUAUUCCCUUCAGUGCCGGGCCGAGGUCAUGCUUGGGACGAAAGUACGCAAUGCUGAAAAUGAAGAUUUUACUGUCCACGAUAUUAAGGAAAUAUCGUAUUAUUUCUAACGUGGCAUAUCAAGAAUUUCCUUUGCUAGCAGAGAUUACCCUGAAAAGGGGCGACGGAUUCAACGUCAAGAUCGAGUCGCGUAAAACCGCAUCUCAGACAGGAGAUACCAUCUCCUCAUAGGAAUGAAAAAAUAC